CCAAAAAAAAAAAUUGUAAAAAAAAAAAAAAAAAAAAGAAAAAAAAAAGUGCAUUAUUGAAUGUCACCUGAAAGUAGAGAGAGAGAGAGUAGUCAAACCGGAUCUCUGUUUCUCUCUCUUAAAUUCCCAAUACCCUAAAAUCAAAUGAAGAAGACGACUACCCAAAUCCCAGAUUUUUAAAACCCAGAUUCCAUUGUUGAUCAUAUCUUCACAAAUCACAACAACGAUGAAGAAAACGAUCAUAUUCAGAUCUUUUACAUUUCUUCUUCUUCUUAUUGUGGCUGCCGCCAUUGAAGACGAUGUGAAAUGUCUACAAGGAGUAAAGAAAUCACUUCAAGAUCCAAAUCAAAACCUUGAAUCAUGGGUAUUCACUAAUAUCUCAGUUUCAUUCAUCUGUAAACAGCUAAACGGAGUAUCCUGUUGGAACGAACAAGAAAGUCGUAUCAUUAGCUUACAACUACCAUCAAUGGGUCUCGCCGGUCAAAUACCAGAAUCUCUUCAAUAUUGCCGUAGUCUACAAUCGCUUGAACUUCCCGGUAACGAUCUAUCAGGUUCAAUCCCAACUCAAAUCUGCAAUUGGUUACCAUAUCUCACAACUUUAGAUCUAUCCAGUAAUAGAUUCUCCGGCCAGAUCCCACCUGAAAUCGCCAAUUGUAGAUUCUUAAACAAUCUAAUCCUCAAUGAUAACCAGUUUUCCGGCCGGAUCCCUUAUGGACUUGGUCAGCUCGAUCGAAUUCGAAAGUUCUCCGUUGCUAAUAAUGCUCUCACCGGUUUAAUCCCGUCCGAUCUAAACAAGUACCCAUCUGAAGAUUUCUCCGGUAACAAUGGUCUCUGUGGAGAAUCAAUCGGAAAAAGAUGUGGUAAAUUGAGUAGUAAGAGUUUGGCGAUUAUCAUCGCCGCCGGAGUUCUUGGUGCCGCCGGUUCGAUUCUUCUCGCCUUUGGAGUUUGGUGGUGGUGCAUAUUGCCGUCGCAGAGGAAGAAGAGAAAGGGUUAUGAAGAAAAAGGAAACUGGAUUCAACGUUUGAGAUCUCAUCGUCUUCUUCAGGUAACCCUGUUUCAGAAACCAAUCGUUAAGGUUAAGCUGAAUGAUUUAAUGGCUGCGACUAACAAUUUUGAUCCUGAAAACAUCGUUAAUUCGACUAAAACCGGUGAAUCAUACAAAGCUGUAUUAUCAGAUGGAUCAACAUUAUCAAUCAAGAGAUUAACCAUUUGUAAAUUAAACCAGAAACAAUUCAAAAUCGAAAUGCACAAAUUAGGUCAACUUCGUCAUUCAAAUCUAGUUCCCUUAUUAGGUUUCUGUUUAGUAGAAGAUGAAAAGCUCUUAGUUUACAAACACAUGCCAAAUGGGUCACUGCAUUCUCUUCUCCACACAUCAACCGUUUCAUUAGACUGGCCAACCCGACUCAGGAUCGCAAUCGGCUCUGCCCGAGGCCUCGCCUGGCUCCAUCACGGCUCAGACCCGCCCUACAUUCAUCAAUACAUAAGCUCAAACGUAAUUCUACUCGACGACGAUAUGGAGCCACGAGUCACUGAUUUCGGUCUAUCCAGACUACUCUGUUCUGGGUCGGGGUCGGUUUCAGGUCAUGACUCUAAUGACUGUUUCGGUGAAUUGGGUUAUAUUGCACCAGAAUUCUCGGGCAGCAGUUCUGUCAGGACCACGAAAUCUGAUGUUUAUAGUUUUGGAGUUGUUCUUCUCGAGCUUGUGACUGGUGAGAAGGGUGUUGAGGUUGGUAAUGGGGGUGAAGGGUUUAAAGGAAAUCUUGUGGAUUGGGUUAGCCAGUUGACUGUUUCGGGUCGAGCUCAAGAUGCUAUCGAUAAGAGAUUGUUGGGAAGAGGAUAUGAUAACGAAAUGGUGCGAUUUUUUAAGCUUGGGAGUAGUUGUGUCGCGUCUAGACCAAAGGAGAGGCCUUCUUUGUAUAGCGUUUAUGAAUCGUUGAAGACGAUGGGUGAGCAACAUGGAUUCAGCGAGCAGAUUAAUGAAUUUCCGGCUAUGAAUUAUGGGAAACUAGAUUAGGUUUAGAAUUAAGAUUGAGAUGAGAUCUAUUUGUGUUUAGAAGUGAGUUUUAUUGAUGUUCAAAAUUGUUAUGUAUUUGGUUAGGUUAUCUCUAUGUGUUCUUACUAAAUUCCUUUGACUUGAUUAAACUUUGAAUUUGUUAUUGAUAUAAGAAGUAUGUUUUCUAA